AUGGCCGCCCGCGGCGUAUCCAACGACGACCUCCUCCGCAUCCUUGCCAUCGUCAACUUGGACACCAUUGUCCAGCGCAAGGGCGGCUGGGACGUCGUCCGGGAAUGGCGAGAUGCGCUCGGCGGCGGCGAUAAGCAGCGGCUCGCCAUCUGCAGACUCUACUACCAUUCCCACAAGGCGUUGGAGCAGAAGCUGUUGGAGGUGCCCAAGCUGGUGGCCCGGCUGGAGCAGCUCAAGGAGACCCGGCUCAAGAACCUCAAGGGCCCGGUUCUUUCACCUGCUCAAGAAGAUUCAAUCAGGAGAGCCUUCAACGCGGUUCAAGAUGGCAAAAACGUUAUUAUCCACAUGUACAAAAAAUUCCUAACCGGCUGUUUGUGUCCAUAG